CGGCCAGAGGCGGCAGUGUCCCGAGCCAGGCUCAGGGGCCGCAGUGGCCGCCGCGGAGCGAGGCUGCCUCCAGGGAGCGUCCGGGCGCAGAAGGGUUAACGGGCCGCUGGGGCCGCGCGGAGCAGAGCGCGCCCCCUGCACGCUCAGAUGCCGGAGUAGCGUGUUUACUUCCGGUCCCCUCUCCCGGCCUGGGGCUUCGAGGGAGGAGCGAUGGAGAAGUGGGCGGGCAGGUCCCAGUUGUGCCUGAUGCUGCUUCUGUCCCUUCCUGAGCUCUGCCUGGAUCAGGAGGUGUUGUCUGGACACUCUAUUCAGACACCCCCUGAGGAGGGCCAGGGCCCUGAGGGCAUCUGGGGUCCUUGGGACCAGUGGGCCUCUUGCUCCCAGCCCUGUGGAGUUGGGGUGCAGCGCAGGAGUCGGACCUGUCAGCUCCCUACAGCUCAACACCAGGGCCUGCCCUUCCCACCCCGGCCCCCAAGACACCCAGAAGCUCUGCUCCCCCAAGGUCAGGGCUCCAGACCCCAGACUUCCCGAGAAACCCUCCCCCUGUACAGGCCACAGCCUCGGGGAAGAGGUGGCCCCUUUCGAGGUCCUGCUUCCCAGUUAGGGAGAGCAGAGGCCCAGGAGAUUCCAGCAGCUCGGAGAUCCCGAGUUCGAGACCCCAUCAAGCCGGGAAUGUUUGGUUAUGGGAAAGUGCCCUUUGCUUUGCCACUCCAUCGGAACCGCAGGCACCCCCGGAGGCUGCGCAGAUCCGAGAUCCCCCACACCUCAGUUCUUUCAUCCCUGACUCCAAGAACACAGCCAUCUUCCACAAACCACACAGCUCAAGCUCAGCUCCCUCCUACAGAACCGUCUUCCCGCCCCCUGUCCCCCCCAGCAGAGCCCGGAAGCCCCCAUGCUGCUCAGACAGAGGGGCCUUCUAGAACCAAGCCUGCCCCCACACGGCCCCACCCCAGAGCCUCUGGCACAGACAUCCUCUUGUCCAUCCCCUCCCCAGAGGACAGUAGCUCUUUCCACAUGCCCCCUCAGCCAAGAAUGCCAAAUUCCCAGGGUCGGGCCAGUCUCCAGGUGCCAGACAGGCACCCUAAUCCUUUCCUUUCUGCCCCCCGGGGCAGAGGUCACCAGAGCCAGGAGCAAUGGAGUCCUGGGGGGAAUCUUCAAGGGUCCCUCAUGGAGCCUGCCCCUCACUACCCAGAUGGCUGGUUGCCUCUGCUGAGUGCUGGUCCCCACUCCAGUUCCCUCUGGAGCCUCUUUGCUCCCAGUAGCCCUGUCCCAAGAUGUUCUGGGGAGAGUGAGCAGCUGAGAGCCUGCAGCCAAGCGCCCUGCCCCCCUGAGCAUCCAGACCCCCGGGCCCUGCAGUGUUCAGCCUUUGACUCCCAGGAGUUCAUGGGCCAGCUGUACCAAUGGGAGCCCUUCACAGAAGUUCAGGGCUCCCAACGCUGUGAGUUGAACUGCCGUCCUCGUGGCUUCCGCUUCUAUGUCCGUCAUACCGAAAAGGUCCAGGAUGGGACCCUGUGUCAGCCUGGAGCCCUAGACAUCUGUGUGGCCGGACGCUGUCUGAGCCCCGGCUGUGAUGGGAUCCUCGGCUCUGGCAGGCGUCCAGAUGGCUGUGGGGUCUGUGGGGGUGAUGAUUCCACCUGCCACCUCAUCUCAGGAAACCUCACUGACCGGGGGGGCCCUCUGGGCUAUCAGAAGAUCCUGUCGAUUCCUGCUGGAGCCUCCCAGCUCCAGAUCGCCCAGCUCCGGCCCAGCUCCAACUACCUUGCCCUUCGAGGCCCUGGGGGCCAGUCCAUCAUCAAUGGAAACUGGGCUGUGGAUCCCCCUGGGUCCUACACGGCCAGUGGGACUGUCUUCCUGUACAACCGUCCUUCUCGAGAGGAGGGCAAGGGGGAGAGUCUGUCAGCCAAAGGGCCCACUACCCAGCCUGUGGAUGUCUACGUGAUCUUUCAGGAGGAAAACCCAGGCAUUUUUUAUCAGUAUGUUAUCUCUUCACCUCCUCCAGAUCUUGAGAGCACCACCCCAGAGCCCCACCUCCCCCACCUCCAGCAGGAGAUUUUGAGGGUAGAGCCCCCACCCGCUUUGGCGCCCCGCCCUGCGCGGACCCCAGGCACUCUCCAGCGUCAGGUGCGGAUCCCCCAGAUGCGCGCUCCACCCCAUCCCAGGACUCCCCUGGGGUCUCCGACUGGAUACUGGAAACGAGUGGGACACUCGGAGUGCUCAGCAUCCUGUGGGAAAGGUGUUUGGCGCCCCAUUUUCCUCUGCAUUUCUCGUGAGUCAGGGGAGGAACUGGAUGAACACAGCUGUGCCAUGGGAGCCAGGCCCCCAGACCCCCUGGAGCCCUGCCACGGUCCCCCGUGCCCUCCAUACUGGGAGGCUGGCGAAUGGACAUCCUGCAGCCGCUCCUGUGGCCCUGGCACCCAGCACCGUCAGCUGCGCUGCCGGCAGGAGUUUGGGGGGGGUGGCUCCUCCGUGCCUCCGGAGCGCUGCGGACAUCUCCCCCGGCCCAACGUCACCCAGCCCUGUCAGCUACGCCUCUGUGGCCAUUGGGAGGUUCGUUCCCCCUGGAGCCAGUGCUCUGUGCGGUGUGGGCGUGGCCAGAGGAGUCGGCAAGUUCGCUGUGUGGGAAACAAUGGUGAUGAAGUGAGCGAGAGGGAGUGUGCAUCAGGCCCUCCACGGCCCUCCAGCAGAGAGGCCUGUGACAUGGGGCCCUGUACUACAGCCUGGUUCCACAGCGACUGGAGCUCCAAGUGCUCAGCCGAGUGUGGCACAGGAAUCCAGCGAAGGUCUGUGGUUUGCCUGGGGAGCGGGGAGGCCCAUGGGGCGGGCCAGGAGGAAUCAGGAGCAGGGACCAGUGAGCAGAGCUGUGCGCCCGGAAGCCGUCCCCCUGACAUGCGUGCCUGCAGCUUAGGACCCUGUGAGAUGACUUGGUGCUGGUACACGGGGCCCUGGGCUGAGUGUUCCUCGGAGUGUGGCUCUGGCACACAGCGUAGAGACAUAAUUUGUGUGUCCAAACUGGGUACUGAGUUCAACGUGACUUCUCCCAGCAACUGUUCCCACCUGCCCAGGCCUCCUGCCCUGCAGCCCUGUCAGGGGCAGGACUGCCAGGACCGGUGGUUUUCCACGCCCUGGAGUCCGUGUUCUCGCUCCUGCCAGGGGGGUGUGCAGACAAGGGAGGUCCAGUGCUUGACCGCCAACCAGACCCUCAGCGUCCGAUGCCCUCCUCACCUGCGGCCAUCCAGGAAACAACCCUGUAACAGCCAGCCCUGCAGCCAGCGCCCCGAUGAUCAGUGCAAGGACAGCUCUCCACAUUGCCCCCUGGUGGUACAGGCCCGUCUCUGCGUCUAUCCCUACUACACAGCCACCUGUUGCCGCUCUUGCGCCCAUGUCCUGGAGCGUUCUCCCCCAGAGCCCGCCUGAAAUGAGUCCAAGAGACCCUCUCCUCAUGGUUUCCACCAUCAGUCACCCACCCAUCAGCCCACUCUAUAUCCUCUGGCUCUCCAGCCUGCCCUAGUCUCAUCAGGGAUGUCCCCUAGGGUGGUUGUGGGCGGCAAGAUAACCAUCACGAUGUGUGUGGCUGGGUCUGUGUGCGGUUGAGGGGAUGUGUGCACAUAGGCCCCACGUGUGUAUCUGGGUCCGCGUGGAUGUGUGUGCUCACACACAUGUAUUCUCAAAAAAAGAGGUUAAACUGAAGAGGAAUGGGGAGGGACCAUGCCUGUUUCCCUGAGACUUUUCUAGGCUGAGAGCUCCUUAGUAAUCCAGACUGCCUGGCGACUGGCUUCUCCAACCCCAACUUUGUGCCCUGCACUUCAGUUCUCAUGUUCAGGCCUCACAUCUUCUAAACCACCCAUUUGUCCUCCAACCCCUCCCCCCAUACUUAGUCUCUCUAUCCCUACCUUUCAUAAUCAGCUAGGGAUGAGGGUCAGCCACUGCCAAUCCUGCUUUGCCCCAGAAAGAGAGACUACCUCCCCAGAGCAGGGACCAGCUGGGCAGAAGAUGGAAAAAAGAAAGGCUAGAACAAGACACCCUAGCCCCUGCUCCCGCUCCCCACCUCCUAAAAUGAUUCCCACCCCAGAACUAAUUUAUUUUUUAUUAAAGAUGAUUAUGACAAACGAGAAA